AUCAACCCCAUAUGUUUGUCUCUUCCUUGGUUCCAUCAUACAAUUACAAGCUGUCUGAACUACUAUCUGUGUAAUUCAGUUGAUUACCUGAAAUGACCAGCAGAAAUGAAGAUAAAAACAGCAUCCACACAACUCAUCAGGCCUUCUUCUCCUACUCCACCUCAACUCAGACACUUCAACCUCUCUUUCAUUGAUCAGAGAAUACCUCCUUCGUACGUCCCUCUAGUUCUUUAUUACAAUGUCAGUACUGAAGAGAGAUACAUUAAUAAACAACCCGAGAUGUCUCGUCGUCUCAAGAGUUCCAUGUCGGAUGCUUUGGUCCUGUUUUACCCACUGGCUGGAAGGAUACUGGAAGGCCAGCCUUUGGUCGACUGUAACGAUGAGGGGAUCUUGUACAUCGAAGCCACUGCUGAUGGGAAGAUAUCAGACAUUGUUCGGAGCCCGGAUACCAGGACUUUGGACAACCUCAUCCCAUUCAAAUCCAACGGCUCUAUUUCAAAUGCUGAGGAACUAUUAGCAGUUCAGGCUACCUUAUUCAACUGUGGAGGAAUCUCUAUUGGGAUAUGCAUUUCACACAGCAUUGCCGACGCUGCCUCCCUCAGCUCAUUCAUCAACUGUUGGGCUGCUAUAGCUGCUGGGGAACAGCCCAACGUCGUUUCCCCCGUUUUCAACUCAGCCACUUUUUUUCCACCCCUGAACACGCCUGAUUUCAGGCCGAACUUCAGAAACUUAGCCAUCCAAGCUCCGCCUGUAAAUCUUGUCAUGGAAAGGCUUCUUUUCACUCCAUCAGCAAUAGAUGCACUGAAACAGAAAGUAGCCGAAAAUAAAUCUUCAAUCGUUAAGCCAACACGAGUGGAAGUCGUUACCGCAUUUUUGUGGAGCCGUUGCCUGGUAGCAAAAGGGCUCGAAUUAUCACACAAGUCUGUGGCAUUCCAUCCGGUAAAUCUUAGAGGAAGGGUUCCAGGGCUUACUGAGCGUUCAUUUGGUAACAUUUUUCAAAUGACGCAUGCUGAAGUCGUUGGUGAAACGAACUGGACUGGCUUGGUGGAGAAGUUGAGGGCUGCUUUUGGGAAGAUCGACAGCGAGUACGUGAAGAUGCUGUUAGGAGAAAAAGGUUGUGAGGUUGCUAAGGAGAAUUUCCAGGGGAUAAGUUCGUUCUUGACGCUUGGAAAUGUUGCAGUGUUGCUGUUCAGCAGUUACUGCAGAUUUCCAAUUUAUGAAGUGGAUUUCGGGUGGGGGAAGCCUGCUUGGGUGAGCAGUGCUAGUUUUAGCAUCAAGGAUAUGAUUAUGCUGUUUGAUUCUGUAGUAUCGCGUGGUGGGAUUGAAGUGUGGAUUGUGAUGGCUGAACAGGAGAUGGACCGACUUCGACAGGAUUCGGACAUACAACAUUUUACUUCAUCUUUCACCGGUUGAUUUACUUCUCAUUCUUGGUUUUGAUCAUUUUGGUAAAAUGGUCGAUGAAUUUGCAGCAGAGAGGGUCUGUUUACAUGGUUUGAUGUAUUAAGAUUGUGUAAAGGUUUUCAUACAUAUAUGUCUUCAAUGUUUUCACACAUAUUGGUAAACUUGAAAUUUUAGGACUUCACAAAUACAAGA